CAGCAUUGUGCGGCAACCUCGCCAUUCUUCGUUACUUUUUGUCGUAAAAGAGAUCAUCGCGACAUUCAGUUAGUUGCAAUCAUGCCGCCGCCAUAGCGGCACAUUUAAAAUGUUACUUAGCGUCCUGCUAACAACUUUACUAUUCGUCAAAGUGUAUUACAGUGAUGGUAGUGUCGUGGAUACUAAUAAACCCUGCACGUUCCCUAUUCCGUUGGAAUUGCCGAAUAGAAACGACCGCUCCGACCAGUGCUGGCUCAGAAUCGAAGAUGUGGAGCUGACUGAAACUAUCACAUUGUGGUGCUACAUCGCGCAUGCAUUUCUCAAAAGCUACAUACAUGAUUACAACGCGGAAAAGAUGACAGAAGACAAUGUCGACGUGAGUCUCUGGAGUGAGGUGGCGAGGCCCCAGGAAGACAUCGUGCCAAAGAAUAAAAACCAAAAAGGUUUGAAGGAUUGGAAGUUGACAACAGUGAUGGAUCCGGUGACGCACAUGCGACUCUACGUGACGAAGGAAGCAGACUGUCGGUUGAUCAUGUACACCAGGGAGGGCAUGAUGAAUUACAAGAUCGAUUGUGAAACAAUUUUGUUUUACGUGAACGAACGCCUUAACGGUACGGCUGCGAUGACCCGAGCUCAAGGCAGCUUGCUAUCCGCAUGCAUUUUCCUUAUAUUCGUCAACUUUCCAAUUGUUCUGUGAUAUUAUUUUAGCGGUAAAUUAAAUGAACCGGAUAAGCUUGUUUACUUUUUAUCCUCAACGAUCUUAGCAUGUCUGGCGGUUUUGUAAUUUUCCUCCAGUUGUUAGAAUAGAAUAAAAUAGAAUAGAAAUAUUUUUAUUGCUCUCACAGUAAUGCAUAGUACAAAAAAAAUUAAAGUUAACAGUAGUGUCAAAAGGGAUCUUUAUAAUAUUUUUCAAGGCAGUUAGAUAUAAGUAUAUCUGACGCAUUUGUGUU